ACAACCUUCUGCCUCCGAGAAAUCCUCCUCCCGGAACCUCCCUAUAUCCUCUCCUCUCCUCCGAUUUCCUACUUUUCUCUGAAUCACCUAUAAGAAAGUCACCUUACUCCAAUCUCCAUCUCCAGUCUACUGCUCUCCUUCUGCAUUCGAUCACCACCUUCGGUUAUAAUCUUGUUACACAUCUUCACAGAAACUGCGAUCAACCUACGGCCACAUCAUCUGAGCUCCUGUUCCAGAUCAUGGCGUUCUGGCUCUACUAACCAGAUUCAGCGUCGUUCCUGGGUUCAAUUCCCAACUUUAGUGCCUUCAGUUCCACUAAUUUCUAUUUCUUUUGUUGGUAAAGACAUUCUUAAACUUAGAUUGCAUUUAGAUCUCCUUUAUUAAUUUUCGCAGUGAGUUAGAAUUUCUUGUCAACUUCAAUUAAUUUUGAGUUCAAUAGAAUUGUUAGAGAGCUGAUGAGGUUAGGGCAUGCUGUACCGAAUUAGUAUCCGCUGGGCAGCCACUGCUUCUUUGAUUGUGGAGAAUAAGGUUGAGCUUAACAUUUUGUUUUUUGAUGUAACUGUAAUGAAAAUCAACAUUUUCUGCUGAUUGUAUUUGUUCAUCCUCAAUAUUCUAUAUUUUAGCUUUGUUCAUGUUUGAUAUCAUUUGCUGCUGCUGUAUUCAUGUUUAAUGUCCCCUGUUGUUGCCUUCUCAUGGUUGAUAUCCUUGAUCAUUUCUUUGUUCUUGCUCAAAAGUUUCUUUUGUAUACCCAUUGUUUCCUUGAUAUAUUCUGGAAAGCCUUUGGUUGUUGCAUCCUUUUGUUUGACAUAGUUUGAAAAAUCAGUUUGUAAUGCACCUUUGGUAUGAUUCUGUAUAGUACAUUAAAUAAAAUUCUAUUUCUAGUAUUUGGUUGGAGUUCAUGAUUGCUGAUGCACUUCAAAUGAUAAGUCCCUAUUUGAUAAUUUUAAAUUUUUAGUCAUUUGAUUUCAUUUUUGUUCAAUUACUCCUCUUUGGGUUGCUUGUCUUUUCUUCAUUUUAUUUGACAUGUUCUAUAAAAAUUGUGGUUUCUUCGUGUUUGCUGUUUGUUUUUUUAUAAGUCUGAGUAUAUAAAUUUGGCGUGGUCAUUUCAAGCUUAGUUCCUUUCCAAAUUUGAUUUGUAUAAUAUAUGCCAGGGAGAGUAUGUUUUAGUUUAAAAAACAGUGCUCUCUUGUAAAGUUUGAUAACAUUGCACUCAUUCGAAAAGAAAUGAAAUAAAAGCUAAAUUUUCGU